GGCCCAAUGGGACCCCGCGGACCUCCUGGAUCUCCUGGUGCUAGUGGACCUCAGGGAUUCACUGGCCCCCCUGGUGAGCCUGGAGAGGCCGGACCUGCUGGUGCCAUGGGUCCCCGUGGCCCCGCCGGCCCCCCUGGAAAGAACGGAGAGGAUGGUGAGUCUGGCAAACCCGGUCGCGGCGGUGAGCGCGGACCUUCUGGCCCUCAGGGAGCUCGUGGUUUCCCAGGAACCCCCGGUCUGCCCGGCAUCAAGGGACACAGAGGAUUCAGCGGUCUGGAUGGAGCUAAGGGAGACGCUGGCCCCGCUGGUCCCAAGGGAGAGGCUGGAGCCCCCGGUGAGAACGGAACCCCCGGCGCCAUGGGACCUCGUGGUCUGCCCGGUGAGAGAGGCCGCGCUGGUGCUGCUGGAGCUGCUGGAGCUCGUGGUAACGAUGGUGCUGCUGGUGCUGCUGGACCUCCCGGCCCCACUGGCCCCGCUGGACCUCCUGGAUUCCCCGGUGGCCCUGGAGCCAAG